AUGGAGAGUGCCAAGGAGGAGCAGGGGGCGCUGGCGAUCGAGGACAUCGCGGCGAGCGAGGGUGCGCUGGUGGUGGCGUCACAAGCGCUGCUCCCCCAUGGACCUCCCACGACCUACGGGCCUCAGCGGAGGGAUGACGGCCGUUCAAAGAAGGACGGAAAGGGACAUGGGACCUCGAGGCAGGUGGAAGUCAACCCCUUUUGGAGCCAGACGAUCAAGGACGAAGCCAUGCUCCGCGCCAUGAGGCCUGCGGGGCUUCCGGACGCAUCCACAUCGACGGCAAGGCCUACGGCAUCCGGAGGUGAGGAGAUGGGGGUUGACAUCCAAGAAGUCCUGAGAGCGGUCAUGUCUCAGAAUUCGAUGCUCAAGAGGGAGCUGGCGGAGUUGAAGAAAAAGGUGGAUGACUCCUACAAGGAGAAGGACCGGGAUUUCAAGGAGGCAAGUCGACCUAAGCCUCCAACAUCGACACCUCCGCCGAGUCCACCAUCGGGACCGCCGCCUGAUACCCCAGAGGCUGAGAAGGGUGCAGGCACGACCUCCCUCGGAGCGAUUCCAGAGUUCCCAGGGAAUGAACGACGAGGAGAACCUGGGAAGCUAUCUGAUCCAGUUCAAUGGCCACCGGGAGUAUGUCAUGAUACUGGACGUGGAGCUCCACCUGUACCAGAAUCUUGGUUGGGAGCACUUCAGGCUGGACACCGAGGAGGGCAGGGGCAGAGCUUUGAAGGGAAGGAAGUGGCAGGGACUCCACAUCCUGGAACCCAAGGAGGUAUAGGACCCGGACGUGGAGGACUACCUGACUGUGCAGUACGAAAUGGAGACCUGAGCAAAGGGUCACCUCUGGAGCAAGCUGCCCAAUCUGUUCUGAGGCAGUUGGGCACUGGAACCUCGGACGGAGGCUGGGGCGAAGUGAUCAGGUCAGUUGAGCUGCCGCCGCUCCAGGAACUGCGAGAAGGUGAGUUGGGAUCACUGGUCCUGGGAGAUUGGAUCCAACUCAUCUCCCCGACGAUGAGGGACCUCAGCGCUACUUCAUGGAGGUGGUGGGAAGAGGUGAUGCAGGGGGCCAUGGUGGCCUAUCGUGAGUGGCUUCGUGCAGAACCAGUUCAACGGCUUCACAUCAAGGCGGAGGUGCCCCGAGAGUGCAACACCGUGUGGAGCAGGCUGGAGCAACGAGGACAGCUCAUGCUUCUGAAUGCAGUGCCGGCAUCAAUUCGAUCAGAGAUGCUGGCAAAUAGAGCCUCCAAUUCGGUGGAUGUCCUCUAUGCUCUCUUCCGGAGGUACCAGCCUGGAGGGUUGGCGGAAAGAUCUCGACUUCUUCGACAGCUGGUCGAGCCUAAAACACCGCAGACGAUGAAUGAGGUGGUGGAGAUGCUCCGUGGCUGGAGGAGGAGCUUGAGGAGAGCUCAGGAGCUGGAGAUUGCGACCCCGGACGCAACCCUACUGCUUGGAGCAUUGGACAAGAUGUCGGAGUUGGUGGGGAAAACCUCUAACCAAGUGGCCUUCAGGAUGUCAUCAACCAGAGCGACACUGGGAGUCGACGUUACUCCAACUCUCGAGACCGUCCUGAGCUUCUCGGACAUGUUGACGGCUGAGGCGGAAUCACUGGCCAUCAGCGAUGUUCAACCACCCCCGGAAGUCAAGCCGGCGAAUCAAGUCACCAAGGUCAAGGCAAUGACCGCCGUGGCGGAUGAGAAGGCAGAGAAGGGGGUCGGGAAGGCCAGAGCUGAUGGACGGAGUGAUGAGAAGCCAUGUCGUUUUUGGGGCACCGAUGAGGGGUGCCGGAAAGGUCAAGAUUGCCGCUUCAAACACGACUGGGGUGGACUUGAGAAGAAGGGGAGAUGCUUCGGAUGCUCGGGAACUGGUCAUUCGAAGAAGGAUUGUCCGACUGGGAAGCCAAGAUCGAAGGAGUCUCCGGAGAAGCAGGCUGUGAAGUCCGUCAAGGAGAAGGUGACGACCGCCCUGGCGAAGGGGGACACAGCUGAUGCUGGGCCCAAGACUGGGGGGAGCGAGCCGGUGGAACACAGCCGAUCCAACGAGGGCGACAAGGGAGCGGGAACUUCAGGAGAGAUGAAGGACCUGUUGAAUGAAGCGACGACUUUACUGAAGAGUUUGAGGCCAAGUUCAUCGAUGAAGGCCAUCCGGCUAAGCAGCCUCGAGGUCCGAGAAGGUGGAAGAGCGCUCCUGGAUGGAGGGGCCACUCACUGCUUGAGGAGGACCGCAUCAGAAGAGGAAUGGGCAAGCGCCCAAGAAGUCAAUGUAGAGCUGGCGGCAGGGUCAGCGGUCCUGAGAUUGCUUCCGUGGACGAGAACCUUGCUGACCAAGGAGGAUGUUCAGGUCAUCGUCCCACUGGGAGUGCUCAUUUCCUUGGGCUAUGAGGCGGUCUGGGAGAAGACGAGAUUUGAGCUCACGGACCCGACCGGACUGGUGUUGGACACGAAGGUGGAGAACUCGUGCCCCACGAUCGAUGAGACACUGGCGCAUGAGUUGAUCCAAGAGAUCGAGCGGAGUAUGGUAAGGGAGAGAGCCCGGUUGGCACAUCUGGCUGGGGAGAACAUUGGCUUGGAAGUGGACCCUGAGGAGGCGAAGUAUCUGUCCGAGCUAAAGGACCUCUUCCCGGAAGUACCGCACCACAUCCUCGAAAGGCUGCUCCCGAAGAAGAGCUGGACUGGAGAGGGGUUGCCUUGGAAUAGGCAUGAGAGAAGGCGAGUCCGCAGGGCGAAGGAGGUAGUGAUCCACCUCUUCAGCGGAGACUCAAAGAAAUUUUGGCAGAAGGAGCUGGAGGCUGAAAGUCGAGCGGUCCUCUGCAUUGACACUGUCAUUGACCAGGGAAUGAACCUCCUGCGAGACGACAUCUUCUCCUACCUGCUCGACUUGGCCGAUGGUGGGACGGUGUGUGCACUGUUGGGAGGACCUCCAUGUCGGACGAUGAGCAGGCUGAGAUUUAAGCAGCCGGGACCUCCACCCCUGAGGGAACGAGAAGGUCCCUACCGGUUUGGUCUCCCUCAACUGGACCGCUACCUACGAAAGCAGGUGGAAGAUGACACGGUCUUGUUUCUGAGGCAGCUGUAUCUUCACCAUCGAGCGGCACUAGCUCGAGGCCCGAAGGUGACUCUGGCAGCGCUGGAGCAGCCUGAGGACCCGGAGGAGUAUCUCAAGGCAGAGGAGAAGGAAGCCCACAGGAUGGCUUACAAAGUGGUCGAGGAGCGGCUGCGAUGGCGGCUCAAGUACAACCAGGUGGAGGCGAAGAUGCAAGAGCGCGAGCGGCAAACCAUGGAGGCCUUCGAGCAACGCCAGGAGUACUUGCGCCAACGCCAGGCCCGUUGCGACGACUCCGGGGAGAUCCGGAAGGAGCUUCGUCACUUGCGCGACGUGGGCAGACGGCUGAAUCAGGCGCAGCGCGAGCGGAAAGAGGCCUGGCGCUUGGCGAAGAAGAAGCGGGAGAGCAUGGAGAAGCACCUUGCGCACUGCGGGCUGAAGAUGCCUAACAUGCCCAACGUGAAAUCAUAG